CACUGCCGGUGUCGGUCCCAUUUCACUGCAACACCAACCCCACAAUAAUAAACCCCCGGUCUAGCCAAAUGACCAUGGCGGAUGAGACGGAAGAUGUUGAGCUGGACUUCACUGACGAGGAGGACAGGCUGCGGAGAAGUGCAGCCAUAAGACACCCCUUUGCCUCCUUUUUCCACCUUUUCUUCCGGGUGGUUGCCAUUGUCGUCUAUUUACUCUGUGAAUGGGUCAGCAAGAGCUUUACGUCGUGUUUUGUCCUCAUCAUCACCCUGCUCUCCUUUGACUUCUGGUCUGUCAAGAAUGUGACUGGCAGGCUGCUGGUGGGUCUGCGCUGGUGGAAUCAGAUCGAUGAGGAUGGGAAAAGCCUGUGGGUGUUUGAAGCCAAAAAAACGUCCCGUGGCCAGAACAUUGGGACAGAAACAGAGGCCAGGAUAUUUUGGCUGGGUCUAAUCAUCUGCCCCCUUAUUUGGACUUUCUUCUUCUUCACCUCCCUUUUUUCACUCAAGAUCAAAUGGCUGUCACUGGUUGUUGCAAGUAUUUCCUUCCAAGCUGCAAAUCUUUAUGGGUAUCUACGUUGCAAAGCAGGGGGACAAGAGGGCCAGCCUCCACAUACGAGCUCUUUCACAGGGCAGCGUUUUCUGCAACGUCCAGAUAUCAUUUUUGGAAUAUUAUGAAGACUUCCAGUGAUUCCUGCAGAGACAACCCAUGAGUUGAGUGUAAAAGUCAAAGAGAAAACAAAGAAUUGCUGCUUCUCCGCUGUUUCCACAAGCUGCAUAUACUUGAACAGCUUUGUGCCUUGUGCAUGCCUUUGUUAAAUGCUGCUGACACUGUGCUGCUCAUGGAUAAGUCAAUAAAAGAUGGUGUUUUACAGUUUCA